GCAAAAUAUUCGGUAGAUAGCGCUAGGUGCUAUUUUAUCACACGAUCCGUAGAAGCCGUCAGUUCGCUACUUUCUCGUGAUUUUGGUUAUAUGUUCAAAGUACUUCGAGGAGUAGUGCGUGUGAUGGGUGGAAUUAGCAUUUGAAAUUAAAAACAAGACUUGUUUAAAAUGACUCUUGGCAAAACAUUUCGUGUUUAUCAUCGAGUAAACGCAGACUCUAACCGCUCUUACUGUGUUUUGCUUGAACAGAGGAACAAAAAUGAAGCUCUGUUAUUCGAAUGCGGAACAAUUCAGCUUCUUACACCUCAAGAAACUGAAGUUUACAAAAAGAAUUGUACUAGGUUACCUGAUGCGUAUGGAUGUAUAGGAAUUCUGCAAUUAAAUGAAGGUGGUACAACACUUCUUUACUUGGCUUUAGUCAACAGUUGCCUUUCUGUUGGUAAGGUUCUAAAUAGCGAAAUAUUUCGAGUCACUGAAACCUAUUUUAUCAGUUUACGUAAUAACCUGGAAGAUGUUGAAAGAAUUCAAGAAGUUCGUAAAGUACUCAAUUCAGGCACAUUUUAUUUCUCAUGGUCCUGUACUGAGGAACCAUUAGAUUUGACAUUAUGUGAGCAACGGGCACAUUUUACAACUGAAUCGGACAAUCGAUUUUUUUGGUGA